CCUUUUGUGUCCGAACUCUCUAUUAAUCAUGUCCACUAAUCCCAAUAAUACUGGGGAUUGGUAGUGGUGCCGAACUCGAACGUUUUAUUACAGCCACAGGGAUUGCAUGCGUCCCAGAGAUGCAUGACGCGACUGACCGACAAGGGUUGUCGUAUCCAAUUGCGAGUUGCUUAAAAACCUGCGCCUUUGUUGUGAACAGCUCCGUAACCACCUCUAUUCUAAAGCUAGAACUUGCAUUCGGAACACUAGAGUUUAACGUCACAAAAUGGACAAUCGUGUAUUCGCUGUCAUCAUUGGCAUCGACCAGUACAAGUCGGGAGACAUAUGGAACCUAGAAGCUUGUGUCGAUGACGCCAAAUCAAUGAAACGUUGGUUGGUGAAUGAUCUUGGUGUCCCCAAGCAUCAGAUAGCCAUGUUGUUCAACGAAAAAGCAACAAAGCAGAACAUCGAAUCUACGCUCAAUACUCACCUCUUGAACAAUAGCAGAAUUCGAAAGGGUGACGCGAUCCUCAUCUAUUUUGCUGGCCAUGGGAGUACGUUGAAGGCACCCCGUGAUUGGCUGCUAGAGAAAAACUUGCGCUGCAAUGUCGAGGUACUAUGUACUUACGAUCAUGAUACCAAAGGACCGGAUGGUCGGGUAGCUGGCAUAUCCGCUCGCGCAAUGCACACGUUUAUUCAUGACCUAUCGAAAUUGAAGGGAAACAACGUCACGCUUAUGUUGGAUGCUUGCUUCACAUCUCCUCCUCCGAGCUCUCGAGACCGUAGUUGUAUCCGCUGGACUGCAACCGGCAAAGCAGUUGCUGAGGAUCUGUAUCGCGGACAGCUUCCCUGUCCCAGACUCCAAAAGCGUAACGAAAGCUUCUACAACCGCCAUUGGACAACCCAUACCGUCAUCACAGCUUGCAGACCUGGUGCUACGGCGUUCGAAGGAAAGGAGGGAGGAAAACUUACUUCUGUGUUCCUUGAGACUGUGCGCUCUGUAGCGCUGCACGACACGUCUUUCUCUGAUCUCCUGGAAGAAAUCAAACGGAGGAUGGGCGAAGGCCAAAGUGUCUAUUGUUCAGGCGUCCACCCCGCCCGCCUCUUCAAUUCCAUACCAUUCACUCAAGACCACAGUUACAUUCCUGUGCAGUUUCAUCUCCAAAAAGGGAUCAGAAUUGAGCUCGGCUCAUUACACGGCAUCGAGAAGGGCGGGGAGUUUUCAAUUCAUGGUCACAACUAUGUUGGCUCUCGCAACCCCGUUUUAGCUUCCUUUACUGUUCAGCAAGUCCACCCCACUUGGUGCGUUGGGAAAACCAAAACCUCAUCCUUGUUGCCCAAACAUUGCUGGGCUCGUGUUCCGCGUAACCCUUCUUCCUAUCGCUUAAUAAAAGCGUUUCGAGCCUUGCUGCAUUCUGCAGCUUUACACAAGCCUCUUGCUGCUUCUCGAUUUGUCAGCAUUGUCAGUAUAUCCGAUAUCAAGAAUUCUACCACUAAGUCUGAGCUUAUCGAGACUGCUGAAGCUAUUCUCGCAUCGAAGCCUCUUCUUGCUCCUUUGAUGAAAUAACUACAGAAAAAAUCCAUUUCGAGGGCCCGGGUUCAAGUUGAGAUCGAUUUGGCUUCCGUAUUAUGUUCUAGAUAGCACCGUCUGCGACGGAUUGCCUGAUUUACUUAUUGUAAUUAUUAAUUUAUGCAAUAUACUUAUGACAUACCUCUCUUUGUCGACGUGUAAUCCGCACGCAAGCUGUCGUCCUGAAUUGACUGACGGGCAUUGGCAAACGCCGUCUGACUCUCAUGGCGUAACGCGAAGUUGAGUCAUUUGCACGUGACUUUAUU